AGUAACGUGUCCCUGUCAUGGCAGCCACUCCAGGUAGCAGAUUCCUGAGCACUGUCUCCAGCUGAUCACAGCGUGCAGCACCUGUGCCUUGAUCAUCCUCACCGGGACGGGGGAAAUGCUUUGACAGAUGUAUUUAAAGAGACCUGCAGCUGGUCUCUCCUUCUGUCUCUUCUACUUGGCUUCUUAUUUCACCAACAAGUAUGUCCUGUCUGUCCUGAAAUUCACCUACCCUACCCUUUUCCAAGGAUGGCAGACCUUAAUUGGCGGACUUCUGCUUCACAUUUCUUGGAAGCUGGGCUGGGUAGAGAUAAGCAUCUGCUCAAGGUCUGAUAUACUGUCAUGGCUUCCUGCUUCAGCAUUUUUUGUUGGCAUUAUCUAUGCAGGUUCCAGGGCUUUGUCUAGAUUGCCAAUUCCUGUGUUCCUUACUGUACACAAUGCAGCUGAAGUUGUUACCUGUGGAUUCCAGAAGUUUGUGCAGAAAGAGCAGGCCUCUUUCCUAAAAAUCUGUAG